AGAGUAGCUAGCACCCAGCACCGGCAACAUGUGGGCUCUCCUGGUGCUGUGGCCCCUAGCACUGGGGUUCAGCCUGGAUGACACUCAGACCCCCAUUUUCUACGACAAUGAUGGGGGCAGCAUGGAGAGAGGUGAUGAUAGCACACCGGGGCCCCAACCACGCAGCUUCCCUGGCCAGCCCUGUGCCAAUGACAGCAACACUCUGGAGGUCCCGGGCAGCUCUCGGGCACUGCUGCUAGGCUGGGUGCCCACGAGACUGGUGCCCACGCUCUACGGGCUGGCCCUGGCAGUGGGGCUGCCCGCCAAUGGCCUGGCGCUGUGGGUGCUGGCCACACGAGUGCCACAACUGCCGUCCACGGUGCUACUGAUGAACUUGGCAGCGGCCGACCUGCUGCUGGCCCUGGCGCUGCCGCCACGCAUCACCUACCACCUGCGGGGCCAGCGCUGGCCCUUCGGCGAGGCCGCCUGCCGCCUGGACACGGCCGCGCUCUACGGUCACAUGUACGGCUCCGUGCUGCUACUGGCCACCAUCAGCCUGGACCGCUACCUGGCCGUGGUGCACCCGCUGCGGGCCCGCACCCUGCGAGGCCAGCGCCUGGCCAUCGGGCUCUGUGUCACAGCCUGGCUGGUGGCAGCCGCCCUGGCGCUGCCCCUGGCGCUGCAGCAGCAGACCUUCCGGCUGUCGCGUUCGGACCACGUGCUCUGCCACGACGUGCUGCCCGUUGGUGCCCAGGCCUCCUACUGGCGGCCCGCCUUCAUCUGCCUGGCGGUGCUCGGCUGCUUCCUGCCGCUGCUGGCCAUGCUGCUGAGCUACGGGGGCACCCUGCGCACGCUGGCGGCCGGCGGCCGGCGUUACAGCCAUGCGCUGAGGCUGACCGCACUGGUGCUGACCUCGGCCGUGGCCCUCUUUGCACCCAGCAACGUGCUGCUGCUCCUGCACUACUCAAACCCGGACCCUGAUGCCUGGGGGGACCUGUACGCCGCCUACCUGCCCAGCCUGGCGCUCAGCACCCUCAACAGCUGUGUAGACCCCUUCAUCUACUACUAUGUGUCGGCCGAGUUCAGGAGCAAGGUGCAGGAAAUGCUUCACCGGGCGCCUGGAACUGCAACAGCUUCCAGGGAGGGGUGCAGCCCGGCGCCCUGCACCCGGUCCUCCUCGUUUGUGUGACAGGCUUUCCACAGGCCGGACAGACAGGAAGGGGGUUGCACUGGGUUGAAUAGGGUCCCCUCCCAAUUCAUGUCCACCGAGAACUUCCAAAAGUGAGCUUAUUUGGAAAGAAGGUCUUUGCAGGUGUAAUUAGUUAGGAUGAGGUCACACUAGAGCAGGGAGGGCCCUAAAUCCGAUGUGACUGGUGUCCUUUUAAGAAGAGGACACAGAGACACACAGGGAAGGCCAUGUGACCACGGAGGCAGAGAUGGGGUGAUAUGGCCACAAGCCAAGGGAUGCCACAGACUGCCUGCAGCCACCAGAAGAAGCCAGGAGACCAGCCUGGGACAGACUCUCCCUCAGAGCCCCUAGAAGGAGCCAACCCUGCCCACCUUUAUCUCAGACUUCUGGCCUCCAGAACUGUCAGAGAAUAAAUUUCUGUUGUUU